AAAAACCAAGAGGGGUCGUAAGAUGAGAGUGUGUAUAUAUAAGAACGUAAAAUGUCGCGCAGUAAUUCAGACCGAACUUCAGCGCCUAUUAAGUACGAUUUAUGUCCGGCGCAGCGCAAUGAGAUUCGCGACGUACCUCGCAAUUGUUUUCGUGGUGUUUGACUUCGUUAACGCUGUGCCAUUUCCUCAAUUUGACGAUGGCGGUCGAGAAGGAUUAGCUGCAAGAGACACGGCAUACUACGGAUUUCCAUUGUUCUGGUACAGGAGACCUAUCUACGACAGUGACGAUGACAUUGUUAACGGAGGUCAAGUUUUAGACGGAAGGCGAAGAUCAUCUACUGUGUCUUACGUUAAUGUCGGCGCCGGCUGGGGUCGUUAAAAGAGAUUGUUAAGGGGAGGCAGUUAGAACAUCCAGGCGCGAAUGUCCAGAGAACUUUACUAACUCGAGCUAACAAGCUACAUCUUACUUUUAUAUAACUUUUGUAUGGUAUCUAUUAUUUAAGAGCUUAUAUAAUGUAUUAUUUUCUAUCUUCUUAUUACUUUUAACAUGUAAGCAAUUUUGUUUUUCUUUCUAAUAAAAGUCACAAAAAUACAAGUGACCCCCGUAUAUCCCUUGGUAUUGUAAGCACAUUUUGUUAUUAAAUAAAUACGAUAAAGCAUAGCAA